AUGUGUCUCUCACAACAGCGGCCGAUACAACAACCGCGGCUGAUACAUCAACUUCGGCAGAAAAAAACAACUGCAGCUGCUACAACAACUGCGGCCGAUACAACAACCGCGGCUGAUACAUCAACUUCGGCAGAAAUAACAACUGCGGCUGCUAAAACAACUGCGGCCGAUACAACAACCGCGGCUGCUACAACAACUUCGGCAGAAACAACAAGUGCGGCUGCUACAACAACUGCGGCCGAAACAACAACCGCGGCUGAUACAACAACUUCGGCAGUAAUAACAACUGCGGCUGCUACAACAACUGCGGCCGAUACAACAACCGCGGCUGCUAUAACAUCUUCGGCAGAAACAACAAGUGCGGCUGCUACAACAACUGCGGCCGAAACAACAACCGCCGCUGCUACAGCAACUACGGCCGAAAUAACACUUGCGGCUGCUACAACAACUGCGGCCGAUACAACAACCACGGCUGCUACAACUACGGCCGAAAUAACAACUGCGGCUGCUACAACAACAGCGGCCGAUACAACAACCGCGGCUGAUACAACAACUUCGGCAGAAAUAACAACUGCAGCUGCUACAACAACUGCGGCCGAUACAACAACCGCGGCUGCUAUAACAUCUUCGGCAGAAACAACAAUUGCGGCUGCUACAACAACUGCGGCCGAAAAAACAACCGCCGCUGCUACAGCAACUACGGCCGAAAUAACACUUGCGGCUGCUACAACAACUGCGGCCGAUACAACAACCACGGCUGCUACAACUACGGCCGAAAUAACAACUGCGGCUGCUACAACAACAGCGGCCGAUACAACAACCGCGGCUGAUACAACAACUUCGACAGAAAUAACAACUGCAGCUGCUACAACAACUGCGGCCGAUACAACAACCGCGGCUGAUACAUCAACUUCGGCAGAAAUAACAACUGCGGCUGCUACAACAACUGCGACCGAAACAACAACCGCGGCUGCUACAACAGCUUUGGCAGAAACAACAACUGCGGUAGGAACAACAACCGCGGCUGCUACAACAACUUCGGAAGAAACAACAACUGCGGUUGAAACAACAACUGCGGUAGAAACAACAACUGCGGCUGCUACAACAACUGCGGCUGAAACAACAACCGCGGCGGCUACAACAACUUUGGCAGAAACAACAACUUCGGUAGAAACAAUUACUACGGUCGAAACAACAACUACGGCUUCUACAACAACUGCGGCUGAAACAACAACCGCGGCUGCUUCAACAACUUCGACAGAAACAACAACUGCGGCUGCUACAACAACUGUCGCCGAAACAACAACCACGGUAGAAACACAAACUACGGCCGAUAGAACAACCGCGGCUGCUUCAACAACUUCGGCAGAAACAACAACUGCGGCCGAAACAACAACCGCGGCAAAAACAACAACCGCGGCUGCUUCAACAACUUCUGCCGAAACAACAACUGCGGUUGAAACAACAACUACGGCCGAAACAACAACUACGACUGCUACAACAACUGCGACUGAAACAACAACUUCGGCAGAAACAACAACCGCGGUAGAAACAACAACUACGGCCGAAACAACAACUACGGCCGAAACAACUAUUACGGCUGCUUUCACAACUGCGGCCAAAACAACGCCCGCGGCUGCUACAACAACUGCGGCAGAAAUAACAACUGCGGUAGAAACAACAACUACGGCCGAUACAACAACUUCGGCUGCUACAACAACUGCGGCAGAAAUAACAACUGCGGUAGAAUCAACAAGUACGGCCGAAACAACAACCGCGGCUGCUACAACAACUUCGGCAGAAACAACAACCGCAGCCGAAACAACUUCUGCGGCUGCUACAACAACUUCGGCAGAAACAACAACUGCGGCUGCUACAACAACUUCGGCUGAAACAACAACCGCUGCUGCUACAACAACUUCGGCAGAAACAACAAUUUCGGUCGAAACAAUUAAAACGGCCGAAACAUCAACUGCGGUUGCUACAACAACUGCCGCUGAAACAACAUCUUCGGCAGCUUCAACAACCACGGCAUCCACUUCAACACAGGCUCCUACUACAACUCAGCCGUCUACUACAACACAGACACCUACUUCAUCUCUGGAAUCUACUUCAACACAGGCUCCUACUACAACUCAGUUGUCUACUACAACACAACAACCUACUACGACAUCAUCUCCCGAGCUUCCAUCGCGUGGCUUCUUCUUGGAGUAUGGCACAACAGCCGGGGACCAGGCCUCCCUCGUCUCUGACGAUACGUGUACCGUUCUCAUCAAUCUUAGAUACCGGGUACCAUUCCGCGGUACGGGGUACAGACAAAUAUACAUUUGUCCGAAUGGCCUUAUUUGCUUCAAGCAACCAUUUUCGGGUUAUUCCCCACCAAGCAAUAGUCGCGGUUACAGCGUAGACUUCAAGGGUGCCGUUUGCAUAGCGCCUUAUUUUGCAGAUCUAGUGGUGUAUGAAAAUCAGUUGUUUUACCAGUCUUAUGACCUCGCAACUGUUAGUAAUGCUAAUGUGAGCGCUAAGGUGAAGGAAUUGGUUAACGAAAGCUAUGGCGAGGCAAACUUCGAGCCCAUCUAUGUGCUGAAGGCCACGUGGAAUGCGGCAGCAAAAAAAGGAGGAAAUGGUAACGUUACGUUCCAAGUCGUAUUUACAACGGACGGGACUUAUUCGUACUCGUUCAACUCAUACCUUUAUGGCAAAAUGCUUGAUACGUUUGGCUCACCAUUUAUUGGUUACAUCGCUGAUGGUGACUACGAGGGCCUUGACAACACAGCCGACGGCAGCUACUUGCGAAGAGCUGAUCAAAAUUUUAAAUUUCAUAAACAAUACAAAGGUGCCGUCAGUUUUGAUUACACAAUUAAGACGAAUAUUCAAGAAAACUACGAACUAGCGUGCAUAGUCUGGAACAAGAAAGAGAAAUCCAAGGCAACCCUGUAUGAGACCAUUGCAUGGCAAAUGCCUGUUUGUCCUUGCUGUUUGGAUUGGUUGCAAUGGGACCGGAGCUUCAGUUUGUGGGACUUCACUUGGCACUCUACAAACGUCAUCCACGUUCCUAUGGAACCUACACGUCGUUCACGGCCAUAUGGAAAGUCAUGUGCCUAUGAUAACUCCACCUUAUCUUUCAUCGGAUUUGGGCAAGAAGCCGGGACCUUUGCUUCUGUCAAUCAGUUGGUCAAUCUCCGUAGCCAUCAUUUAGAGGACCUACACUACAGGGAUGUGUGUUGUGAGAAGACAGACCUCUGUGACCUGUACUGGGAAGUCAGGCCUCUCGUUUCGCAAUGUUAUUCGUCGUUCCCGUUCUCGCUGCGAGCCCGAGGAGUCGGUGAUCCUCACUUCAACACGUUAGAUGGCGCAAACUUCACCUUCAACGGCCAUGGCGAAUACGUGAUGCUGAAAGUAAGUGAACAAGAUGUAUCCCUCCAGAUCCAGUGCCGAACACAGAGAGCGAAGAAAGCCACAGGGGAUCUCUCUGACGCUACCGUGUUCUCCGGCUUUGCGAUACAGGGCGAUGGGGUCUGGAUGCAAGUGGAGCUGAACGAGGCAGGGAACAGGACACAGCUAUUCGUGGGCUUGAAUAAAACCUCGUGGGCGGACUACACGAAUGACUACUACAACCCUGAAACUAUGGUCAUCAAAUCGGUCACCGGACUGACCGUAUCAAGGAACAUGUCUGAAAAAACGAUUUCGGCUUUCUUCAGUGAUUCAGGAGUCACAUUCAAUGUCACAGAAGGAAACGGGCUUCUUCAGAUGGCGAUCGCGAUGCCAAACACUUUGAAAAACAAGAAGACCGUUGGGUUGCUGGGUAACUACAAUGACAAUGAUAAAGAUGACUUCAUACCACGUGGUGCCAACACUUCCCUAUCAAGUCCUUCUGAACGACAGAUUUUCGAAAAAUUUGGCAGUUCAUGGAUUACUACCGCACAAGAGUCCAUUUUCAAGUAUGGAGACGGCUUCACCCACGCCAAUUUCAUACAAGCGAACUUUACUCCGAAAUUCCUGGAAGAAGCCAACGCUACAUUACGAGCGGAAGCAGAGAAGAAGUGCAGUGGAAACCUUCAGUGUGUAUUUGAUUUAGUCUUCACCGGCAAUGAGCAACUUGCAAAGGAGACCGGAAGUACUGAAGAAAAGGCGGUACUAACAAAUGAGGCAGCAAGCAAUCGAAUUCCGAAUGUAACUGUGGUGGCAGGAGUAAAGGUGGUGGGCAACAAGAACAUUUUGACACUUAACGUCAACGAAUCAAGAUCAAUCACAGUCAAAGGAGAAGACGAUGGAAGCAUAUUAAACUACAAAGUGCUCGGCACCUCCGGUGCUACGCUUGGCAUGGAACAAGCGGACAAGUCUAUAAACGUCACGUUAAAAUUGACAGACACUAAUCCGAAGGAUUUAAGUGUCACUGUCACUGACAGCAAGAAUGCGAGCGCUCCCAUUCUGGACAUCGUCCUCGUGGUGUGUUCUCUGUGUAGCGGUCAAGGCACGUGCAACACGAGCGUGUUGAGAGAGGUCCAUGGCAAUCCUAACUACAAAUUAGCAACAUGCCAAUGCGAGCCGUACUGGGCAGGUGAUGAUUGUCAAAUAGAUUUUGACGCAUGUGCAGAAAAUCCUUGCUCAGUCGGACGUAACUGCACGGACACAAAAGCGGACGCACACAAAGCAAAUACAUCAAUACCGACUUACACCUGCACUCCAUGCCCAGCGGGAUUUGAAGACAACAAUUCUAAGUGCGAGGAUAUCAACGAAUGUAAGAACCUGCCUUGUGGUCUUAAUUCUAAUUGUGUCAAUACUGAAGGGAGUUUCACGUGUGUUUGCAAUGCUGGAUACCGUUUGUCUACAAACAAUAAAACCGUAUGUAACGAUAUCAACGAGUGUGAAGAGUCAACUAGCGGUUGUGACCAAGUCUGCAACAACACCCAGGGCAACUCGACAUGCUCCUGCUUUCCCGGCUACACCUACAACUCAACGUCAAAACAAUGCAAGCAAGAUACGCUACCGCCAAACAGCGUUUGCCUAGGACAAUGUAACAGUACAGACGGAUGUUUUGUGGAUAACAGCUUACCCAAAUGUUUCUGUAAAGCUGGAUACCAGCUAAACGUUAACAACAACGGUUGCGAAGAUAUCAAUGAGUGCAAUUCAACUAAACCAUGUUCGCAACAAUGCAGCAACACUGUUGGAGGUUACCAGUGCAGUUGUUACGAUGGAUACGAAAUUAAAAGUGACCAAAUCACUUGCGAAGUUUGCCAAUUCCCGAAAUACGGAGCUCAGUGCUCCAGAAUCUGUCAGUGCGGGGCGGGUUCCGAUCGCUGCGACCCUGUACGCGGAUGCGUCUGUAAGUCUGGCUGGACGGGAAUCAACUGUGACAUCGACAUAAACGAGUGCAACACGCCAAAUAAAUGCAAUGACACCAACAGAGUUUGCACGAAUACGAUUAGUUCAUUUGCGUGCAAUUGUCGAGCGGGGUUUAAUGAAGCAAGUAAUAAUAGCACGUGCGUUGAUAUCGACGAAUGCGAGCAGAGAGAUUUGAACACAUGUAGUCAGAAAUGUAACAACACUAUCGGUGGAUUCACUUGUUCCUGUGGGGAAGGAUACAUAGUUAACCAAGACGACACGACACAGUGCUUAGAUUUCGACGAGUGCCAAGCUGGGGUAUCAGGUUGUCAACAUAUUUGCUCGAACAGCGUAGGACGCUUCAGCUGUGAAUGUUACUUUGGUUUUGAACUACAGGCAGACCGCAAGAAAUGUGUUUUAGCGAAUGACGUGUGCAAGAAAGAGUUCCCAGACAACGGCUGCUCGGAUAUUUGUAGAGCGGACCUGCAAAACAAGACCUACAAGUGCAUAUGUAACACCGGUUACAAGCUUGGUGCUGACAACAAAACGUGCAUAGAUAUAAACGAGUGUGAAGAUAACACGUUGAAUGCAUGCAGUCAAACGUGUACAAAUACACUUGGGGAUUACAUUUGCGCGUGCAAUACGGGCUUCAAACUAGCAAACGACCGUCGCUCUUGUGAAGUAUGUGAUUCUUUCCACUAUGGUGUCAACUGCUCUACCGCGUGUGACUGCGGUGUGGGAGCAGAAAGGUGUGACAGCGUGACAGGAUGCGUAUGCAAGCAGGGAUGGAGUGGCGCAAAAUGCACCAUCGAUCAAGAUGAGUGCGCGGAUGUUAACAGAUGUCCGGGUAGUAACAAGAUGUGCACUAACACACCCGGCUCGUACCUGUGUAGCUGCAAGAUCGGGUUUAAAGAAGUGAAUGCAACCUGCGUUGAUAUUAACGAAUGUGUGGAGUCCAAUGAUUGUAGGCAGAUUUGCACGAACACACAGGGCAGCUACGUGUGCAGUUGUAAUCCAGGUUACGUGCAAAAUGGCAAAGAGUGCACAGACAUAAAUGAGUGCACAAACGGACAGGCUAAAUGUGCUCAGGUGUGCACAAACACUGAUGGCGGCUUUCGUUGCUCGUGCAACGAAUAUUACAUGCUAGGCGAUGACAAAAAGACAUGCUUACCGCAGCAAAAUUGUCCUACAUCAAACUAUUGUACGAAUGGAGUUUGCGCCUUGCAAAAUAAUCAAGAAACAUGUACAUGCAAUGCAGGCUUUAAGUUCAAGACAGGAAACGCAACAGUGUGCGAAGACAUUAAAGAAUGUUUAACAAAUCCCUGCUCGCAAUCGUGCUUGGACACAGAGGGCAGCUAUGAAUGCGCUUGUAACCAGACGGGUUACACGUUGGACAAAGACCAGAAGACUUGUAUAAAAUGUCCCGCUCGAAACUACGGUGCAAACUGCAGUUCAGUAUGUUUAUGCAAUGAAACAAACACUGAGUCAUGUGCAUUUGACACUGGCGGCUGUUCGUGUAAGGCAGGCUGGAAUGGCACCACCUGCGAUCAAGACAAUAACGAGUGUGGCUCAAACUCAAACCCAUGUCCUGCAAAUGCAGAAUGCACAAACACACCCGGGUCGUACGUUUGUAACUGCAAUGAUGGCUAUAUCAAAUCUGGAGAUGGGACAUGUCAAAUUUGUCCAUCCUGGAAAUAUGGCGUCGGUUGCGUGAGUGUCUGUUUAUGUAACACAACAAAUUCUCUGAGUUGCUCAAACACCAAUGGGACUUGUGCUUGUAAAAAUGGAUGGAAAGGAAAAAACUGCACCACCGACGUGGAUGAAUGCUCAGAUAACGCAACCAUUUGCGGCGACUCUUUGACUUUUAAGACUUGCACGAACGAGCUUGGGUCCCAUACAUGCGGAUGUCGCACUGGUUAUACAUUGCUAGCCAAUUCAUGCAUAGAUAAAGACGAGUGUUUGGAUGGUACUCACAAUUGCACUCAUAAGUGUACAAACAAUCCUGGAGGUUUUGAUUGUGGAUGCAACCCUGGCUACAGUGGUACCGGCAAUAAUUGCGUUGCUUGCGCGGAUGGCAAAUGGGGUGAACAGUGUAAUAAGAGUUGUGAAUGCGUAGCGACCAACACACAAACCCCCUGUGACAAAGUCACCGGCGGUUGCACCUGCAAGACUGGAUGGAAUGGAACCACGUGUGGCGACGAUCUAAAUGAAAUAAUACAAAAUUCCCCAUGUGUAAACAAUAACGGAUCAUUCGCCUGUCCAUGCAACAUCGGAUAUACUGAUGUUUCCGGUGUAUGCACUGCAUGUAGCAAUAAUACAUAUGGGGAUGACUGUAACACGCCGUGUAACUGCAACACCACCAAUGCGAAUGUUUCAACGCAGACUUGCAAUCACGUGAAUGGCACGUGUUUGUGCAAAGCCCAAUGGGAAGGUGCGACGUGUGACACCGAUGUAGACGAAUGCAAGAUUGGUACUCACAACUGUCAACAAAAUUCCACGUGUGCAAAUAAUAACGGAUCAUUCACCUGCCCAUGCAAUGUCGGAUAUACUAAUGUUUCCAGUGUAUGCACAGCUUGCGCGGAUGGAAAAUGGGGUGAACAGUGUAAUAAGAGUUGUGAAUGCGUAGCGACCAACACACGAACCCCCUGUGACAAAGUCACCGGUGGUUGCACCUGCAAGACUGGAUGGAAUGGAACCACGUGUGGCGAGGAUCUAAAUGAAUGCACAGAAGGGACACAUAACUGUCUACAAUAUUCCACAUGUGUAAACAAUAACGGAUCAUUCACCUGUCCAUGCAACAUCGGAUAUACUGAUGUUUCCGGUGUAUGCACUGCAUGUAGCAAUAAUACAUAUGGGGAUGACUGUAACACGCCGUGUAACUGCAACACCACCAAUGCGAAUGUUUCAACGCAGACUUGCAAUCACGUGAAUGGCACGUGUUUGUGCAAAGCCCAAUGGGAAGGUGCUACGUGUGAAGCUGAUGCAGACGAAUGCAAGCUUGGUACUCACAACUGUGCUAACCUCAACAAGUUCUGUCAUAACACCAACGGAGGCUUUGAAUGCUCGUGUCUGAUAGGAUUCAAUGAAAUAAACGGAUCAUGCGUUCAGGACGCCCUUACGACAACUACAUUAGCCCCGCAACAGGAUGGCGUUGAUAUUUCCAUCACGAUUAAUAUUCCUACAGAGAAGGUCCUCCAUUUGAAUUUUACUGUGAAGGCGACGUUCGAUGAAUGGGAAAAAAUAUUCCUUGAUUGGAUUAAUGACCGAUAUAAGAAGAUGGAUAGAAAACUAAAGAAGGUUAUGGUUCGUAGUAUCUCAAUUGGAAGUUUGAAUGUGAAUGCCACCAUAAUCAAGGAAGAUGGCCAAGAAGCCUCACAGAUCUUCACACAAGCCACACUGGACUUGAACAAUGCAACAUUUGUCAUUUAUAAUGUGCCAUAUGCCGCGAAACUCGUAGCAGUCGGCGACGCUACCAUUGAUCCCACGAAACCAUUGAAUGAUCAAAAGUGUGCAAUCUACUUGAGUGAUAACGGACAAUGUCCUAACAACUACGCAUGCGUGGUGAUGGAUGAAAAGCCUUCCUGCGAGCCUGUCAAGACGGAGGACGAUUUAGGGCUUGUCCUAGGGCUUGGUAUUGGUAUUCCGCUAUUUUCGAUCGCGGUUCUGGUUGUGGCCAUAAUCAUCAUUUAUGCUGUGAAAAAACGCAAAAGGAAGUUCUCAACUGAAUAUGACAGGGACUCGUUCAACAAUGGUUUCUUCACACAUGGAAUGCCUGUGAAAAUCGAUACAUGGGGCCGAAACGACCCAAUGUAUAAGCAGCACAGCCGACAAUGGGACGCCUCAUCCUCGUCUACGUUUUCAGAUGACGACCGGAAGAAACGCCGACAUAGAGGCAUUGAUCAUGCGCACCAGGAACGCUAUGUUUACGAUAACCAACAACCUUCAAAUUUCUCAUGGGACUUCUUCUAAAAUAAGAUAUCUCCGAACGAACCAAGACCACUUACCGAUAGGAGACCACACCCUAUAUAUGAGGGCACGAAGAUGUGAUAAAGAAUAUAUAUUGUGACAAUCAACACAUAUGCUGCCAUGCACACCGUCUUCCAAAGAAAUGGAUCGUCAUUGCAUGGUUCCAAUCGAAAAAAGGAUAUUUCAUUGGGACAAAAAUUUGUGUUCAAAACAUUGAUGGCCCAUGUUGAAAUAUUUGAAGUUGAUAAUAAUUGACGAAUAAACACGAUUUCGAACAACGUUUUGAUGAAAAUGUACAACUAACACAUAUAUGUUUGUUUAACAUUUGUUCUGUUACCCCAUCUAAAAAUCACAAUAAUUUAUGUAUUUCCCUUCGUAUGUGAUAUCUGAGAUAUCACUUCGCUUUUGCACUUAUCAAAUAUACGGUGCUCAGCAUUUUUAUUUAUUGUAUAUUAUUGUCUAUAUCAACGACAUUUAAAGUUUGGAAUCGAUAGUUUCUGGUUAUGAACGGUUGCGUUUGCUACGUGGAACACACUAUCCAUUGAAAGUGGAUGCACGGCGGGUUCAAUUUUUUGUUUUACAAAUGUGAUAGUUGACUUGAUUUUACCUCAUAAAAUAGUGCAUGUUUGCGAAUUCUUUCGAAAUCGGAAACAAUGACGCUUGUUGCAUAAUUAAAGCUUUCCGAAUAUAUAUAUAUAUAUACUAGGAAAUUAGCCAUUUACGGGGUAUUUUUCAAUAUGAGACCCUUGUUGCGGGUUGUAUAAAAAUUCCGGGGUGCAUUUUUUACCCCACAAUUUAGGACACGUAUUUUUUCAUUCCAAACCAUACACACGUCAUUUUGGUGACAUAUGGCAACAAGUCGGUUUCAUAUCGAAACCAUAUAUAUCAUAAAACACAGUUAUUUCCCUUUUGUUAAAGCUCUACAAUCCAAUUAAGCGCGCAUGUUGAGAUAACACUAUCAGAUAUCAUAAUGAGCCAGAAAUACAGCUGGAAACUUCGCUCUGCUGAUCUGUAAAAUAAAUUUUCGUGUUACUGAUGAACAUGAUUUGAAAUCUUAGUUUGUUGAAUUUUAAACUGAAAAAAAGAAAGCUAUUUUUAUUAAGAAAUGAACUUUUGAAGUGGUUUCAUAUUGAUGCAUUAAAUAUUGAGAACUAUAGGUAAUUUGUAGCAAUUAAAUUAAUACAGUUAGUAAUGCGCGCAUACAGUUUUGUUUAUCCAAUCGGAGAUUGAGGCUAAUGUGUCUUUUACAUAUAAUUAAAAAUAUAUACUCAUUCUUUUUUAACAAGUCUUACAAUUUUCAUUGAUAAAACUGUUGCUGUCAAGUAGCAUUUGGAGAAAUAUAGUAAAGUUUCAUGCCUGUGUGGUACUAACAAUUCCUACAUUAAUGUCGUGUUUUGUAUCGAUAUAGUGGAUAUGCAUUAACUGUCAAAUUUAAUGCUGGUCAAAUACAUUCUUGGGUAUACAAUAAGAGAAAAAAAAACAUGUACUACUUUUAUUUUAUUUUUUAUGGUUAUUUUAAUUGGGAAAAAUAUUGUGUGUGCGUUUGUAACAUACAUUUUAUUCAAACGAAAACGUAACACACCGAUAUUUGUCAUAUGAAUCAAGAUAUAACAGAUGAUACGGUAAUGCACAAAACAGUUGGUAUUUGCGAAUGGAUAUGUUUACGCAAAAAUAUCCGUUAUAUAUUCAUGGAGCAAUUUAAUAACUAAAUACAUUUCUGAAAGCGGGUUAAAAGACGAACAAUAAUAAGUUCAACCAAUUAGAUGUCAUAAAUUGAUUCAUGUUAUUAGAAGGCAUCACAAUUAAUCGCUGAACACAAUUGCUUGUUCCGAUUUACCGCCAAUACAGUGCCAACAUGCCAGUGCUUGAUAUAUGGCCAUUAGAAUCGCACGGGGGCUAAUAAAAUUCGACUGAAGUUACAGCGCUAAUGAAUUCUAGCGCCAUGUAAAGGCAAUACACAUCAAAUAGCAUUCUUUCCUUCUUUUCAUAAUAAUGCCUGGUUGUACACUGCUUAUUCAAACGAUGAAACUAAAUCAUCAAGAACAGAAUUGUUAUUGUUUUGCUUCUACUUCUAGAAAAAAAAUACAUAAAAAUACAUAUUUAAAAUGCUUCUUUAUAAUGAUGUUGAAAAAUGUAUGUUUAAACUCCCUCUUAAAUUGAGAAAAAGUUUGGUUAAAUAUGUAAAUGGAAUUUAAUGUUAUAUAGUAUGUUGAAAUGUUUAUUAUUUUUCUUGAUGGGAAUCAAUGUUUUGAACAUGUUUGUUAAACUCGUAUCACUUUAAUUGUGAUUAUGAUGGUAAAUAUUAUUGUUACGAUUAUGUUCUUUUUGUUAUUGCGUUCAAUAUAAUUAUUAUAGUUGAUGUUGCUAUUUGUACUAUUAUUAUUCUUCAACUUCAUAUGAUUUUUAUUUACAUGGUAUGUAAAAUGUGAAUA